UUUAUGUCGACAUGCUUGAGACUAACAUCACCUAGUCUAAACCUACAGUACACACCACAAUAUGACACGUUCCAUGUGAAGAAUAACAGUCUAUUCUCUCCCGCGUGCGUCAGGUGUGUUUAGAGAACGCCUUCGUCCUCUUGCACGCUUCUGCCGGUAACACCCACAAGUCAAACUUGAUCCCGAAGCAGCGCGAGGAUUUCCAUUUACUCCUCAACCUGAGAGCGCGCGCAAAGUCACCGUAAACGAAAAGCCUGAAAAAGGUUCAACAAACUUGAGCUGCUGAACUGAGCUUUGUGACGGAGGGUCAGAGAACAGAGGUUGAGACAACAGAGAGGCUCAAAACAAAGAGGCUUGUACUGAGUCGUUGCGUGCCCAACGGGAGCUGCAGGUGUGUGUCUCAGGGAAAGCAGCACAGCAGACAGACAGACUGAGGCAACAGGCCCUGACCCUCCCUACAGGACAUACUGAGAGAGAGAGAGACGCUCUGAGGUACCGACUUGCAGGACUUCUCCUACAGGGUCACCCAGCACAACAUGCAGGGGGAGAGUGAACACCAAGACGAUAACAUGGAAACCGCUGCCGUUAAAGAGACAAGGAGUGUAUCCAGCCAUAGCAACCCUAUCAACCCUAGCAACCAUAGCGCGACUGCGGAGCAAGGCAGAGACUCAGUCAACCGUAACGGCCGCACCAGAGGGACGUUGUCCCCCACUGAGGUUCCGUCUCUACGGGGUCUCAAGAAGACGCAGAGCAGCUCGUUGGAGGAGGAAGAGAAGGUCUGCGGGACCAAUAAGAGGACGGUGCUGUCCAGAGGAUCUAAUCUAACCCGCUCCGGGAGUGUCAAGGACCUGAUUCACAAGUUCUCGGGCUCCUCGUCAGUCAAUGAAAACGACUCACCGGUUCUGUCAAUGGGCGGAUCCCUGCCCGAAGACUCUAACCGGCCAAUCAGGAUGUCCACAGCCAGAACUGUGGAGGUACUGGCCUAUCAGAACUCCCAGUCCAACCCAAACACAGCCACUCUCAGUAGUACCACAGUACAGACACAGAGCCCAGUCAGGAUGCCCACGGCCAAGUCCAACCCAGCCAUUCACAGCAGCAGCACCGUAGAGAACCAGAACCCGGUACCUUCUAUCAAACUAACCCCUCCACCCAUGGAGUCUCAGCCCGGCCUUCAGGGGACGAAGACAGGCUCAGUACAGCCCAGGAGUUCUUCAGACAGUCAUUCCCAGAAGGGCGAGGGCCAGAACCAGGGUGGCUCUCACAAAGAUUCCAUGGCAGGCUCUGGAUUGGCUUCGGAAUCAGACUUUAAUCCCAACAAGAGGCCUGAAAGUCCCCCAUCUGAAGACGAGCCAUCCAAUCCCAUCAAAGUCCGCCAGAAUCCCAAAUACCAGCUGUACCUGAGUGGAGACGUGACGGGGAAUGGUUCCAGGGAUACGAAUGGAACAUUUGGGGGAGAGAACGGCAACGGGAUGGAACCCAGGAACAGUUCCCGUUGGGACAGCGCUGGUUCCAGAUUCGGGCCAAACUAUCACGGGUCCCUGGAAUCUCUGGCCUCUCGGGACUGGGACACCAUGUCGGACAGGGUGGGGGGUUUUGAGAGUCCUCCCAGGGUGUUCAACAGUCCCUACGCUACAGCGGCUUCCAUGGAGUACAACUCUGGCAUGUACCGGAUGUCAGAGUAUAAGGAUGGGAUGUCUCCAGCCACAUCAGAGCUGAACCUGUUCAACAGCUACAACAGCAGGAGUACCAGCCCUGUGCCCUCCUUCACCCGGACUGUGACCGCCCCACGUGCACCCUUCUCAACCUACGACACCAUCAGGAGGCGGGACCAGCAGGGGAUGUCAAGCCAACUCCACAUGCGGCCCACUGCGUCGUCUGUCGCUAUGCCCAACAAGAGAGACUACAUCGAGGAGUUGACCAGGCAGUUGGAUGCCUGUCAGAAGAGGAACCAGUUCCUGGAGGCAGAGAGCAUAGAGAUGGACAAGGAGAGGAACCAGAUCAGGUUGGAGAUGAGAGGCCUGUUGGUGAACAACGAGGACCUUCUCAGAACCAACAGUACCCUGCAGAUGGAGAUGAGUAGGAUGAGGAUGAGGAUGGUAGAGCUGGAGAGAGACAACACGGCCAUGACGGAACGCUUCAGAGUUAUGGAGACGGAGCUGACCGAGGCCAGAGAGAUGAUGGUGGAGGCCAACACCCAGGAAUACGCCUUCAACUUCCUGCAGCAGUCUCUGAAGAAUAAGAUACAGGACGCUGAGGAGGCGCUGGAGAAGCAGACGCUCCAUGCCGAGGGGCUGUCCGAGAAGCUGUGGCUGUCUGAGAGACAGUUGGAGGAGCUAGCGGGGGACAAGGAGACACGGGACAAGAGGACAUCAGAGCUCAGUGACACUGUCUUCAGACUGGAGACUGAGCUAGGGGAGGCCCAACAGAGAGCCACCCAAGCCUCAGCAGAGCUCAGUCUGUACCAGAAGCUACGAGAUGGUGACCAGCUGAGGGUAAAGGAGCUGGAAGAGACGAUACUGGAGAAGGGUCAGGAGCUGCAGAGAGCCCAGCAGACUGUCAGCCGUCUCCAGGGACAGGUGUCUGGUAAGCUGAUAGAUAAGGAGCGUUCCCUGGAGGAGGAGAUCCAGCUGAGAGAGAGAGUUCAGCUGCAGUUGAAGCAGGCAGAGAGGAGCGUGGAGGACCUGACCAUGGAGCUACAGACGGCUGCACAGACCAAGGAAGACCUGGACAAGCAACUCAAACAGGCUCAGGAGAAAGCGAUAGAUCUUGAGAGCGACCUGGAGGAGAUGCAGGACAGUGAACAGAGUUGGGCCAGGAAGCACAAGAGAGCCAUCGAGCAGACAGAUCAGCUCCAGCUGAAGUUGAUUCAGGAGAAAUAUGUGAAUGAGCAGCUGGACAGUGAGAAGAUCAACCUGGCGAGACAGCUGCGUGACAUGCGUGUGGCGAUGGAGGAGCUUCACAGCUCCAGAGUCCAGGUGGAUGUGAUCACUAAGACAGAGAGCCGGGUCAAGGAGCUGGAGAACGCUCUCAGAGUGGAGGAGAGGAACAAGGUGGUGAUGAGCAACACCAUCAGUAAACUGGAGAGGAAGAUCAGCGAACUGUCUGGUCAGCUGGAGGAGGAACAGAAGAUCGUUACAGAGCAGAAGGACCUGAUGACCCAGAGGAUGCGUUCCCUGAAGCGUCAGCUGAACGAGGCGGAGGAGGAGUCCAGUCGUAGAGACACUCAGUACCGUCACACCCAGAGAGAACUGACAGAGGAGAGAGAGACCUCCAACAGACUACAGAGACAGCUCCUGGAUCAGCACCUUCAACUCAAACGUAAGGAGUCCACCAUGCAAAUGAGACAGACUCUGGAGAACCUGCAUCUGGAUCUCAGUGUAGAUGAAGAGGACCAGGCUGACCAACAUCCUCCAAGGCCCAAAUAAAGACAACAGCACCUCCUCACACCAGCCUUUUCCCACUAGCCCUCAUACCACCGCUCAUAGACUUGACAAGAAACAACACAUUCUACGCCGGCACCAAUACUGUCAUUUAUCGUAGAAAAUACAGUGCCCCACAAGUUAAGUGUUCAAACCUUCUUUAGACUCUUUCUCUGUACUAUUGAAACGUGUCUUUAGUUUUUGUUUUCCAUAAGCGGUUAUGGUUAUUAACUAAAGGUCCCAAUGCAGCUGUUAUUAUCUCAAUAUUAACUCAUUUCUGGGUAACAAGGAUCUCACUCUGUGAUUGUUUUCAAUCAAAAUGGUCAAAAAGAAACAAAAAUGGAUUCUUAGCAAAGAGUUUUUUUUUUUUAUAAUACAUUUUUUUGCUGGGAGUGUCUGGGAGUGGGGAAACUGACAACUAGCUGUUAUUGGUAGAGAGGUUUGGAACUCUCUUUCUUAUUGGUCUAUUAACUCAUUUACCGCCUGGUGAUGUCACCAGAGUGGGGAGUGGGGAAACUGAAAACUAGCUGUUAUUGGUAGAGAGGUUUGGAACUCUCUUUCUUAUUGGUCUAUUAACUCAUUUACCGCCUGGUGAUGUCACCAGAGUGGGGAGUGGGGAAACUGAAAACUAGCUGUUAUUGGUAGAGAGGUUUGGAACUCUCUUUCUUAUUGGUCUAUCAAAACUCCAUCCCACCAAAACAGGCUGAAACUUCUGGCUGUCUUUUCAAACAGCUCUUACACCAACAGGGCAUUAUCAUAAUUUUAUCAAUUUCACAGUAUUAUUCCAACCCCACAGUGUGGAAAUAUAUAUGAAACACAGGACACUCGUGUUUUUUUUGUGUGGUUUUUUUUUGGGGGGGGGGGGGUCUGUAGAAUGUUCAAGGAAGUAGUAGUUGAAGUGUUGUGAUUCUUUCGAAUCAAAUCAAGCUUUAUUUAUACAGCAGGAGAUAUUACAGUAUAUCAACAAUUAUAUUGAAUCAAGCUAGCUUUCCCUGUACACUCAAGUCACGUGUUUUAGCGAAUAAAAAAGGCCACUAAUCAAUAUAUAAUCAUUAUAUGAUCAUAUGGGACUUUGGGUUAAAGUAGUUUGGAGGAUUUGGACAAUAUUUCCUACAAAUUACCCAAACAAAUCUGUUGCAUUACCGUGUUAACUAUAUUAUAAAUAUCUUACUUCCGUACAGUAUUGAUAUUACCUGCUACACUAUACACUUUGAUUUAUUUUACAUACAGUAUAACACUUUAAUUUGACUUAUUCACCUCUGAGCAGAAUGUGGAAGUGUCUUCCAUUUGCAAUGCUUGAAGGACAGACAGACUGUGCAUGAAUGAGUGGACUGUAAUAGAAAGCCUAUCAAUGAUUGGACGACAAAACAAGCCUGUGAAUGAUUGGACUAUAAUACAAGCCUGCGAAUGAUUGGACUAUAAUACAAGCCUGUGAAUGAUUGGACUAUAAUACAAGCCUGCGAAUGAUUGGACUACAAAAUAAGCUUAUGAAUGAUUGGACUACAAUACAAGUCUAUGUGAGGGUGAACAGUAUGUUCCACAAUGGACUGUUUACAAAUGAUAAAAUGUAUUUUUAGUCACAUACACCGGAUAGGUUCAGUGAAAUGUCUUGUUUUACAGGGUCGUCCAUUGUAGUACGGCACCGCUGGGGCAAACUAGGGUUAUGAGGCUUUCUUAAGGGCAAAUCACAGAUUAUUCACCUUGUUGGCUCAGAUAUUCAAACUAGACUUUUCGGUUACUGGCCCAACACUCUAACCACUAGGCUACCUACCUCCUCUACACUCUAACCACUAGGCUACCUGCCACCUCUACACUCUAACCACUAGGCUACCUGCCUCCUCUACACUCUAACCACUAGGCUACCCUGUCACCUCUACACUCUAACCACUAGGCUACCUGCCACCUCUACACUCUAACCACUAGGCUACCUGCCGCCUCUACACUCUAACCACUAGGCUACCUGUGUAUAAAGCCAAGUUAUCGCUUCUUAUUGUGUAUUUAUUAUUACUUUUUCUAUUAUUUCUCUAUUUUCUUUCUUUCUGCAUUGUUGGGAAAGGACCCAUCAGUAAUCAUUUCACUGUUAGUCUUCACCUGUUUAUGGAGCAUGUGACAAAUAACAUGUUAUUAUGGUUUGAUUUUAAUUACCUACAAAAACAACCACAGCAACAAACAGAGGUGUGGACUCAGGUCACAUGACUUGGACUCGAGUCACAAAUAUGAUGACUUCCUACUCGACUUUAACUUUAACAUAUAAUAAAUAAUAUAUAAAUAUAUAUAUAAAUAAACGUAUUUCACAAAAUGUACCUUUCCCAUUCUUCACAUGCUGGCAAGACCAACAAAGGGAUUCAGGUUCCGGGCCCUUGAGUUCAGGUUCCGGGCCCUUGAGUUCAGGUUCCGGGCCCUUGAGUUCAGGUUCCGGGCCCUUGAGACCCUGUUUUGCAAUACACUUCUGUAUAUCUUAAAACAAUGCAAUUUAUUAUGUAUUUUUGUAACAGCGUUUAUAUGCUUUAAGGUGCCGUUGGGUAUUUAUUCUACUGAUGAAUGAUGAAUAUUAAUAUUAAAUACAUUUUGAAAAAUAA